AUGCCAGUCUGGGAGAUACCCAGCCUGCGGCACAGCGUCUACAUCAUCGCGGUAGCUCUCCGCAAAAAGCCACUUAAUCAUGCCCUGGUUGAUGCUGCCGAAGGGUUCCACGACCUCGCAAACGCCGCGCGUAGCGGCAGGGUCUUACAGGAUUAUGGUGCAACCGGCGUCACGUCCCAUGACGGCCUCGAGGCUCUUCAACUGCCACAGCGAGUCCUUCUUCAACCAUGUCUCGAAACUGGAGUCGAGGGCUGGCACGAAAGGCACCGGCUUCUUGCCACGCGCCUGUCACUGUGCCAGGUGCUAGUGCACGCAGUUCCUCACCGCCUGACAUCUAUCUUUGCACAGCGAGAGUGA